AUGGCGUCUGCAGCCAAUCCAGAUCUGGUCAUUUUCAGCAAGACAGACCCGGAGGAUCCCAAGAACUGGUCACGGUGGCGCAAGCGGCUUGUUUGUGCCUACAUCUCGACUCUUGCUUUCACUUCCGUUUUUGGGUCUUCCAUCUACGCUGCAGCAGAGCUGCAAAUCCGGGCCCGUUUUGACACGUCGGCUGAUAUCUCAAGCACUGGGCUCACUGUCUACGUGCUCGGUUUUUCCCUUGGACCGCUCAUAUGUCCCAUGAGUGAAAUCUAUGGACGAAAGCUUCCGUACAUGGUGUCAUGGCCUUUCCUCAUCGCCAUGAGCGGCAUCGACGCUUUCGUGGACAAUCUCGCGGUCAUUCUCGUGUUCCGGUUCCUUGCGGGAACAUUCGCUGCGUGCGCCAUCAAUAAUACGUUGUUAGGCCAUGACACAGAAGACCUGAACCUGAUGAAUCUUAGCAUCGCCGCUUUCAUUCUGUCCGGGCCCUGCGUUGCUUUGGUCGUCGGAUUCUUCGUCGUCGUCUACGCCGGGCCACAAUUGUGGGCUCUCCGUGUCUUUUUCUUCCUCUGCAUCGGAGUGUGGCCUGUAGUAUUCCUCCUACCAGAAUCCCACGGACCAACAAUCCUCGCGGCACGGUCGAAGAAGUUGAGAAAGCAGGGACGUCCCAAUGCGCGCGCUGCCCACGAAAUGAAGCAUCAGGCGACGAGUGAACUCCUUCGCGUGCACUUUGGUCGCCCCGCUAAGAUGUUCCUCAACGAGCCCAUAGUCCAAGGCGCUGCAAUCUGGACUUCUCUGGCCUACGGCAUCAUCUACUUCUUCUUCGAGGUGUACCCCAUCGUGUUCUUCCAGCAGCACCACUUCCCGCUUCAGCUCACUGGGCUUCCCUUCAUCGCUGUGAUCAUCGGAACCUUCCUUGCUGCCGCCUUCUACCUGAAGCUGGUUGCGUUCUUCAUGAAGUUCCCGCUUCCCGAGUUCAUCGUUCCUGCCUCGACUCCGAAGGACGCACCGGAGAUGCGCCUAAAGCUCGCUCUAUUUGCUUGCAUAAUGAUGCCAAUUUCGCUAUUCUGGUUCGCAUGGACAAGCGGAGGCAACGUCCACUGGAUCGCACCUACACUCGCCGGUAUUCCGUUCGGCUUUGCCACCAUCACCAUUUUCUUCACCUUCCUCACUUACACCUCGCAAACGUACACGAUAUACGCGUCCAGCUCCAGCUCCUGCAACGUCUUCGCGCGCUGCACGAUCGGCUCCAUCUUCCCGAUCGUCGCGCACUCCAUCAUCGACAACGUCGGCUCAGAAUGGGGCGUGUCCAUCUUCGGCUUCAUCUCGCUCAUCCUCAUCCCGAUCCCGCUCGCCUUCCUCCGCUGGGGCCCGGCCCUCCGCGAGCGCUCCCCGCUGGCGAAGGAGGCGAACGCGAUCGUCGCCAAGAUGCGCGCGCAAGCCGCCGCCGCCGCCAAAAAGGCGCAGGAGGCCGCAGCCGCAGCCGCCGAGGAGAAGGAAAAGUCUCUCGCGAGCGUCAGCGAGCGGUCGGCGUUGCCGGUGGAGAACGGCCCCCCUCAGGACGCCUAG